CUCAUCGAUGUGGGCACAGCUGCUCAUGAGUACAGUUGGUUGCGUUCACGAUCUUUGCAUGUGUGUCGUUCAGAUUUAAGAUGUCGGCGUCCUGGACUCGGCUCCCUCUGGAACUUGACCGACGGCAGCUAUUGCUUGUUGAGGACUGCUAGUGCUACCAGUUCGCAGGCCGCGAUCGACUGGUCAGGAUGCCAGCCCCAUUGUCGACAGUCAGCCUCAGAAUGCUUAAAAGCCGAGCGCAUCGCACACCGACGCCUUGUGUCCGUUUGCUUUCGCUCCGCUGCUAUCCUCAAGUCCUCAAGCUUCAAGGCCUCCGAACACUCCAAGUUCAACAUGCCGCCUGCUCUUAGUGCUUCCAGUUCGGCGGCCUCGUCUCCCGGCAAUGCUACUGCUGUUCUUAUGUGCAAUCCGCUACCGCCACAGCAUCACCCCCAAGCUGCUCUCGUUUCACAAUCUGCUCGCUGCCUGGUUUCCGUCGUCUGCGGCGUCGCGCUCUUCCGGAUACUAAGACAGUGCCUCGCGUUCAAGAGGCAGCUGGCGAAGAAGAAAGGAGAGCGGUCUAUACGCCCCUUUGUGUUGCGCUCGGGGUCGAGCACGGUCGGGCUCGUCGCGGGCUCCCAGGGCCCGAAGCCGCUCUUGCUUCCGACGAUGUCCACGGUCAGGUCUUCGCGCGGCAAACGUCCCUGGCUAGCAAGUUCCUCGGGAAGUGGGGGGCUACCCACGUCCAGCAGGUCAACAGCUCCGACGUUGAGAGCGCCCCGAGCCCCACUCUCGUCGACUCAGACUUCGAGGAGAAGCUCAAGGGCCACCUCACGCCCAACUGGACCCCCCGGCAGCUGUACGGCUUUCCCGCGCGCACGACGCCCGUCCCGCGUUUCUAUCAUCCCGGUCACGGUCACAGAGUCAAAGCCCCUGGCAGCGAUGAUCUCUGAAGACCUCCUGGCGCGCGACUUGAAGCUCGAGUGCAACCCCGACGAUGAGUUCUCCGUCGACAUCGUCGAGGUCUCCCCGUCGACUCCGGCUCCGCGUUCGGAUCCCUGGGCGCGCCCGUCGACCCCGCGUCCGCGGUGCCGGCCAUCGUCGUGCACGACUGCAGCCGACCUG